CCCGUAUCUAAACUACCUAACUAUGUGUUUUUGCUUUUUAACAUUUCCCGGGACAGACCGCACUCGUUAGACCCCAUUAAAUAUGGAUAUAUACUUAUGUAGGUAUCCCUAACCUACAUAGGUAUACACUAUUACCUGCUGCAUCGAGAAUGACGUAUGCUGCGCUUCCUUCCUCGUGUUCAUGCAAGUAGCUAAGUCAACAGGCACAACGUUUGAGGACUCAUCUUUCAAUCAAUGUCCCUUUCUAAAGUCAAUUCUCAAAAGCUAUCAAGAUUUGACGUAGACAACAACAUGGCCUCGGUAUUCCGAAAAGCCGGUGACACUUUCCGCAGCAAGCCUCAAAAUACAAGCAAGCAAGAGGAGGGUGCAUCACUGACCACGGUACUGGAGACAGUGGAAGACCGCCAGGCGUUCACCUUGCUUGUAUGCGACAUCACCGAGCGUAUGCGGACACGAUUACUUGAUACCUUCAACCCAAACGAAGGGGAUCAGAGAAGCGAGGCGUAUGAACAAGGCGCCGGUGCCGAUACCGAUGAGCAGGCACAGAAGCAAGAAGCCCUCGAAAGACAGAGAUCCGAGCUUGCCAAUCAGAAGGACGAGGUUAGAAAGGAAGCAACAGUAGAGCUCAAGAAUGCUGCGCUCAAUUUCUUCGAUGACUGGCGUGACAGUGUAAUACUGAGAGUCGGCGAGGCAGUCAACGCGAGAAAAGAAGCCGAAGAGCAGUCUCAUCACCCCAAGCCCGGUACUUCUACGUCGGAUGACAAGCCGUCAUCGGCUGGAUUGAAAACUGAUGAGCAGGACGCCAAGGUGGAUGAGGUAUUGAAAGAGAUAUAUACCCCCAUAAAGACGCCACUACGAGACCUAGAUGAAUCCAGGAGGGCCUUGAUAUUGCACUCGUUGCUUCUGCUUAUGUUGAGUCUGGAGCACUACAACGCAUAUUCGCGCAUACUACUACUUUACUGCUUGACAUCCUUAGGCCUAUCUAUCACGAUUCUCGCAAAAGACGAGACACAGGUCGCUCAAGGUCUUCUAGCAGCAGCGAAGCAUAUGUCAGCAGACGAAGAAACAAAGAAAAGGGCUGCGGAUAACAGUAUGGCUAGGAAAUGGAAGAUGGGAACUGCCGGUGUUGCUGGCGCUGCUCUCAUCGGCAUCACCGGUGGACUAGCGGCGCCGUUUCUAGCUGCAGGAAUAGGUACGGUGCUGGGUGGUAUCGGCCUCGGGGCUACUGCUACCGCAGGAUUGCUUGGAUCGUUAGCUGGGAGUAGCGUGCUUGUCGGCGGAUUAUUUGGCGCGUAUGGAGCCCGUAUGUCGACACAGGCCAUGGAAAAAUAUACAAGAGAUGUUGAAGACUUCGCUUUCAUCCCCAUUCACGAGUCAAGCAAGGACGAUGCUAGCCUUCACCGUCUUCGAGUCGGCAUUGGAAUCUCUGGCUGGUUGGGAGACACAGAUGAUAUUGUGUUACCGUGGACGGUUCUAGGUGAUGGUUUAGAAACCUUUGCUUUACGUUUUGAGGUCGAGGCAUUGGAAAGUCUUGGAAACUCUUUGAGGACGCUGAUUACCUCGUUGGCCUGGAAAUUCGCAAAGACCGAGAUCAUCAAACGGACGGUUUUUGCAGCAUUGAUGGCUGGCCUCUGGCCAAUGUCUUUGACUAAUGCUGGCCGAAUCAUUGACAACCCCUGGAGUGUAGCAAGUCAGCGAGCACAAAAGGCGGGUGAAGUUCUUGCCGAUGCCCUCAUCAAUAAAGCCCAAGGCGAGAGGCCCGUGACCCUAUUGGGUUACUCUCUAGGCGCCAGGGUCAUAUACGUAUGCUUACAAGAGCUUGCCAGGAGGAGGGCUUUUGGGCUUGUUGAGAACGCGGUACUUCUGGGAGCGCCAACGCCGAGCAGUUCCUCAGAAUGGCGUGCAAUACGCACUGUUGUAACGGGGAGAGUAAUCAAUGGCUUCAGCACCAAGGAUUACAUUCUUGCCUUUCUAUACCGAACCAGCAGCAUUCAAUUUGGUGUUGCGGGACUACAGCCUAUGCUUGCCGUGAAGGGGAUAGAGAAUGUAGAUGUCAGUGACCUCGUCGAAGGUCACACACUUUAUCGGCAUGCGGCAGGACCGAUCCUCGGACGUCUCGGAUUCGAGAAUGUUGACAUCAAAGAGCUUACACGUGAAGAGCGGAGGCUCAAGGAACAGGAGAAGGAAGAGAGACAGAAGCGUGAGGAGGCUGGCAGUAUGUAUCAAUCAGGGAAUGAUGAAAAGGCAAUCCUCGAUGCCACCAAUGACGAGAUUGAGAAAAUGGAAAAAGAAAGGGAAGUCAAACAAGCAACACAUGAAAGACAGAAUGCAUCGGGUGCUAGCGAAAAGCAAUCUCUCAAAUAGAAAUAGACGAUAGGGAAUGCCGGCUACAGCUAUAUCUAUAGAAAUAACACGAUAUUUUAUGGCCGCGUUACAAGUUAGUAAGUAUAACGACUCCCGUCAGGUGAAAUAUACACGCCUGAGGUAGUACAGUAGAUAAAACAGCGUUGUAACAGUGGGUGGGUAGGCAAGCUGUGUUUGCUCACACAACUUCGAUCGCAUUUCCCCUCCCGC